CGGCGUCACCAAGGCCCGCGCCGAUUGGCCGACUGCGCAGUCGUUCCGGACACUUCCUUCUGGGCCGCCGCCGCGGACUUAAACUUUGAAGGGGAAAAAAGAGCCACCUACGCUGUGCGACCACCCUUGCUCCCCAUCCCACCCCGCCUCCGGAUCCUUGCCAUCCUCGGUCCCUCAACCUGCCGGCUUUCUCUCCGCGGACCCCUGCGCUCCUUCCACCACCCCACAGGCUCCUUCGUUCAUCUCGAAGACGCGGGUUCCCAGGGCUCCUGCAGCCGGAUUUCGGGUGGCCGCCGGGCUGUGGGGCCAGGCCUGCCCCAAUGGCCGCCGCCCCUUCCCACGCCGCCGGGCUCCCGUGCUCUCCGAGACCGGGGUCCCCUCUCUCCGCCGGCGGCUUGGAGCUACACUCGCCACCGCAGGCCCUGGUGCCCCAGGCCCCUGCUCCCGGGAUCUCCUUCCACAUUCAGAUCGGCCUGACCCGUGAGUUCGUGCUGUUGCCGGCUGCCUCUGAGUUGGCCCAUGUGAAGCAGCUAGCUUGUUCCAUCGUGGACCAGAAGUUCCCGGAGUGUGGCUUCUAUGGCCUUUAUGACAAAAUCCUGCUCUUCAAACAUGACCCCACGUCGGCCAACCUCCUGCAGCUGGUGCGCUCGGCCGGGGACAUCCAGGAGGGCGAUCUGGUGGAGGUGGUACUGUCUGCCUCUGCCACCUUUGAGGACUUCCAGAUCCGACCGCACGCGCUUACGGUGCACUCCUAUCGCGCACCUGCCUUCUGCGACCACUGCGGGGAGAUGCUCUUCGGCCUGGUGCGCCAGGGCCUCAAGUGCGAUGGUUGCGGGCUGAACUACCACAAACGCUGCGCCUUCAGCAUCCCCAACAACUGCAGCGGGGCCCGCAAGCGGCGCCUGUCCUCCACGUCUCUGGCCAGUGGCCACUCAGUGCGCCUUGGCAGCUCUGAGUCCCUGCCCUGCACGGCUGAGGAGCUGAGCCGUAGCACCACGGACCUCCUGCCUCGACGCCCACCCUCCUCCUCCUCCUCAUUCUACACGGGCCGCCCCAUUGAGCUGGACAAGAUGCUGCUCUCCAAGGUCAAGGUGCCACACACCUUCCUCAUCCACAGCUACACUCGGCCCACCGUUUGCCAGGCUUGCAAGAAACUCCUCAAGGGCCUCUUCCGUCAGGGCCUGCAGUGCAAAGACUGCAAGUUUAAUUGCCAUAAACGCUGUGCUACUCGUGUCCCUAACGACUGUCUGGGAGAGGCGCUCAUCAAUGGAGACAUGCCGAUGGAGGAGGCCUCUGAUUUCAAUGAUUCCGACAAGACCGCCCUCCUCAUGGAUGAGUCAGAUGACUCCGGUGUCAUCCCAGGAUCCCACUCUGAAAAUGCCCUUCAUGCCAGUGAGGAGGAGGAAGGCGAAGAAGGCAAGGCUCAGAGCUCCCUGGGCUACAUUCCCCUGAUGAGGGUGGUGCAGUCAGUGCGACACACAACGCGGAAAUCCAGCACCACGCUCCGGGAGGGGUGGGUGGUUCAUUACAGCAACAAGGACACCCUGAGGAAGCGGCACUACUGGCGCCUGGACUGCAAGUGCAUCACGCUGUUCCAGAACAACACGACCAACAGAUACUACAAGGAAAUUCCGCUGUCAGAAAUCCUCUCGGUGGAGCCCUCUCAGAACUUCAGCCUUGUGCCACCAGGCACCAACCCACACUGCUUCGAGAUCAUCACUGCCAAUGCCACCUACUUCGUGGGCGAGACACCUGGCGGGGCCCCAGGCGGGCCGAGUGGGCAGGGGGCUGAGGCCGCCCGGGGCUGGGAGAUGGCCAUCCGCCAGGCCCUGAUGCCUGUCAUCCUCCAGGAUGCCCCCAGCACCCCAGGCCAUGCACCGCACAGACAAGCUUCCCUGAGCAUCUCUGUGUCCAACAGUCAGAUCCAGGAGAAUGUGGACAUUGCCACUGUCUACCAGAUCUUCCCGGAUGAGGUGCUGGGCUCAGGGCAGUUUGGAGUGGUCUAUGGAGGAAAGCACCGGAAGACCGGCCGGGAUGUGGCAGUGAAGGUCAUUGAUAAACUGCGCUUCCCCACCAAGCAGGAAAGUCAGCUGCGCAACGAGGUUGCCAUUCUCCAGAGUCUGCGGCACCCUGGAAUCGUGAACCUGGAGUGCAUGUUCGAGACGCCCGAGAAAGUGUUUGUGGUGAUGGAGAAGCUUCAUGGGGACAUGCUGGAGAUGAUCCUCUCCAGCGAGAAGGGCCGGCUGCCCGAGCGCCUCACCAAGUUCCUUAUCACCCAGAUCCUGGUUGCUUUGCGGCACCUUCACUUCAAGAACAUCGUCCACUGUGACUUGAAACCAGAAAACGUGUUGCUGGCUUCAGCAGACCCGUUUCCUCAGGUGAAGCUGUGUGACUUCGGCUUCGCCCGCAUCAUCGGUGAGAAGUCAUUCCGGCGCUCUGUGGUGGGCACACCCGCGUACCUGGCACCCGAGGUGCUGCUCAACCAGGGCUACAACCGCUCUCUGGACAUGUGGUCGGUGGGUGUGAUCAUGUAUGUUAGCCUCAGCGGCACGUUCCCCUUCAACGAGGACGAGGACAUCAGCGACCAGAUCCAGAACGCAGCCUUCAUGUACCCAGCCAACCCCUGGAGCCUCAUCUCCACUGGAGCCAUUGACCUCAUCAACAACCUGCUACAAGUCAAGAUGCGCAAGCGCUACAGUGUGGACAAGUCUCUCAGCCACCCCUGGUUACAGGAGUACCAGACGUGGCUGGACCUCCGUGAGCUGGAGAGGAAGAUGAGCGAGCGGUACAUCACCCACGAGAGUGACGAUGCACGCUGGGAGCAGUUUGUGGCAGAACAUCCGCUGCCCGGCCCUGGGCUGCCCACCCACGUAGAGCUUGCUGGGGCCCAUUUGCCGCAGGACCACGAGAUGCAGGGCCUGGCAGAGCGCAUCAGCGUCCUCUGAGCCUGGUGCCUGGCCCACCCGCUGCUCUCCAUGACAUCCCAAGGAUGAACUGUUUUGGGGGCUGAAGGGGGAAGGGAGAACCCCAGUCCCCAAGAACCCUGCCCAACAAUUAAAAUGGACUGGACUAUGCCAUA